ACAGUGUUGUGGAAGGAAGUAAGGGAGAUCAAGAGGAUUUUAUAAGCAUAACCUAUUGCCGGUCCAGAUGUAUUCUUGACAUAUAGUUGCAGACAUAUUUUGUCAACAUGAGUCAUGUUCAGAUGCAGUCGUACAGUGAAGAGGAAUACGACCUCGACAAGGAACUAGAUGCAUUUAUAGAGGAAAAAACAGAACCAGACCCUGUCAUUGAAAAUAAAGCAGAAAAAGAUGUCAAAGAGCCAACAAAAACAAAUACCAUUGCCUCAGAUAGUGAGGGAGAGACAGACGAGAAGGGACAGAGAGAGACCUCCGGGGAGAAAUCCACGGAUGAUGAGUGGGAUGAACAAGAGCUGAGUGAAGAUCAGAAACGUGCCAUGGAGGAACUAGAGAAUCUCCGUAACAUGGAUGAUGGGCUACCAACUGAAGAUCCUCCAGAGUAUGAUGUAACAGCUCGUGUAAAACAGCUCAAUGAGGAGCUAGCCAAUGAUACUACGCCAACGGAAAAACGUGAAUCUCGAGUUCUUUUCAAAGAAGAUCUGGUGGAUCUUGUGGCACCCCCUCCAGACUAUGGUGAGGGGGAGGAAAAUCCGCAACAGAACCAAGACAGUUCAGAUAAAACAGAAUCUUCAAAAAAUGACUCUAAUGCUGCCCGCGGUGCGAAAAGGUCAGAUGACAAAGUGCUGAUAGAACGGGGAGGAAAUUUUGAACUUGUAAAUGCUGAUGAAGUGACGGCAGAUGAUAUGGGGCUUCCCCUGUUUGACAACGACAAAGAAAAUGUGAACAAUAAUGCCAAUGGUGCUGGUAAUAUGAACAGUAAUAAUUCCUCAUUUAACAGAAAACCAGCACCCCCAUCUAAUCCACGACCCUCCACAGCCACAGGAUCUUCACGUAGGUCUGUGCGACCUGCCCAGAAACCCCGCGCCCAAUCUGCAGGAUCAAGAAACACACCCAUUAAUCAUUCUUUUCCAUUGAACCAUGAUUAUAAGUCUCCAUAUGCCUUGUCGCCAAAGGAAAAGGAAUUAUUGGAACAGCAAACUAAACAGAAAGAGGAACAAAGAAGGGAGGAAGAACGUAGAAGGAAAAGAGAAGAAGAAGAAAAACAAACAUAUAACGAGGAUUUAUUCCAGUCAUGGUUGACAAAAGUUAGACAGAGAGAGAGACAGAGGAGAGAAAAAGAAGAAGAAGAGAUGAGGAAAAGCAAAAAGUCAGAUAAGACUGAGCAGAACAACCAGAUGUACAAGGAUUGGGUAAAAUCCAAGACAGAACAAAAGAAACGGGAAAAACUGCUAGCGAAGCGACAGGAACAGGAAGCAAGCGAAGGACUCAUCAUUCGUUCACGAGAUGAUUGUGACAAGGCCUUCAGAGACUGGCUUCGGAGGAAAAACACUGAUCUGAAGAGAGCAAGAGCCGUAGAAAAACAGAAGGCGAAAAUGAUGCGAAUCAUGGCUAGAAAAGCUCGGAAAACACAGGCGUUGACGAAAGCUGUUCGCCAAUCAAACUCAUUUCGCUAUGUGGAUUAUUAUGGAUACAGAUUUUAGUACAUAAAUUAAUUAUUUCAAAAUUUGUAGAAUGAUUUUAUG